AUGCCGCGCAAAGGUGGUCCUAUAGAACGGCGGUCGAUUGCUAAUGUCGAAAAGGUGGUUGUGGUUGCUAGCGGAAAAGGAGGCGUUGGAAAAAGUACAAUAGCGCUUAAUCUGGCGUUUGCACUUGCACUUCGUAAAAACGAGAGAACAAACGCGCCGUUGCGCGUCGGAAUCCUCGACCUCGACAUAUUUGGUCCUUCGAUACCAACUCUUAUGUCACUCAAGAAUGCCGGGGAACCAGCCUUGACAAACGGGGGAGCUAUUCUACCAAUGACAAAUCACGGCCUUCCUUGCAUGUCUAUGGGGUUUCUCAUCCCAUCCACCAUUCCCGGGUCAGAGGAUAACACAGAUACACCCAUCGUGUGGCGCGGGUUAAUGGUUCAAAAAGCCGUGCAGCAGCUACUAUUCGACGUGGACUGGUCUAAAGACGGACAAGGACUGGAUGUCCUUGUCAUCGACAUGCCUCCUGGAACGGGCGAUGUUCCUCUUACCCUGGGCCAACUUGUGAAAGUCGAUGGUUGCGUUAUCGUAUCUACCCCACAAGAUGUCGCACUAUCGGACGUUAGAAAAGGGAUAGCGAUGUUAAAAAAGGUCUCUGUUCCGAUUACAGGACUGGUCCUAAAUCAAGCAUAUUAUUUGUGUCCAGGGUGCAGCACAAAUACACCGAGAUAUUUAUUCGGCGAAACAAAGAACUUUUACGACGUUGCUAGCAAACUUCAUACCCCAGUUCUUGGCGAAUUACCUCUUGUAGAGGGCGUCAGUCGGAGCUCAGAUCAAGGGUAUCCUUACGUUUUGAGAGACUCCAAAUCUGUCGACCUUGACGACGGCAAUGGUGAUGUGGUCUGGAGGUCUAAUAUGGCACAGAUCGCUGCAAGCGUUAACUCCGCUCUUUGGAAAAAUGUUUAG